GUCCUUUGAUAUUUUAUUUUACAUUUUCGCAUUUGCUUUCUAGUUUAUAUUAACAAAAAAUGACCGACGCAUCAAAUACCGCUUCAAGCACUAAGCGGGGCAAGCAGCCGCAGCCGCAGCCGCAGCAAAACAAAUUGAGAUUCAGCGUUUUCCACAUUCCAAGCGACAUUCUCGCAGGGCUUCGGCUGCCAAGCCAGCUGAACAACAACAAAGUGUACUCUAGCAAAACCACUGACAAUAGAGAGAAGCAAGCAGAGCCGCUGCGCGCACAUUACUCGACGCCGACUAUGGACUAUGGCGACCACAGCUCGCACAUGGUCCGAGCAUUUGCGGCCGCGCGGCUGGCAAAGCCAACAUGUCACACAUGCGGCGGGGUCGAGUUUGAGACCACUGAGGAGCAGCGCUCUCACUUUAAAAGCAGUGCUCACCAGGUCAAUAUGGCACGCAAGAUGGCGUGGCGCAAGGCUCAUGCGGACGUGGAGGUGGAGGCCAAUGAGUAUCCGUGGGAACCCGUGGUGGUUGAGGGCGUGCUGGCUGCUGAUGAUGCCGAUACACCGGAGGGAGCGCGCUUGAGUGGCAAUUCGGACGAGAGCAACGAGGAGUCGGCUUGGAGCGAGUCGGAUGCCAGCGUGGUUGGCGGCGACGAUGAUGGCGACAGCGGCAAUGCUGUGGAUUCGUUCGUGGGGUCUGGGCCUGUCAGUGCUGAGCACGCGGCGGCGGGCGGCUUGUCUAGGGUCGGUGCAUUUGGCAGUCGCGGCAGGGCGACGAUGGACGCCGAGGCCCUGGCACAGGAGCUCGAGGCGCAGCAAAAGUUGGGGCUGCGCGGAAAUAGCCUUGCAGGAAGUGAUGGUGCUGCUGCUGGCGACAGCGACGAUGGCGACAGCGAUGGCGGCAAGAGGCCCAGCGGCAAGGAUAGCCGACACACUGCGCCCUACUUGUGGUUUGCGCCUGCCGCCGAGCCCAGCAGUAAUGCUGGCAGCGAGUCGGAGCCGCAGGUGGCCACAGCCUACGGAAUCCAGCGGCGCAUUCUCGUGCCCAAGGGCCAGCACGGCGUACAUAUCGACGGCGACCAGGUGCUGCGGGAUCUGGUGCAAAUGCAGCUGCCGGCGGCGCCGGCCAAGAAGACGCAGCUUGAGCUGAAGGGCUCUGAGCCCAAGGUCUCCGAGAACAGCAGCAUGUGGGUGCUGCUAGCGAUCAAUGGCGGCUUUUUCGCAGGCGCCGUGUAUGACAACCGCACAGGAGCAGUGGUUGCGCACAAGACGAUCCAGCGGUACACGACGCGGCGGAAGCAGGGCGGCUCGCAGGCGCGGCAGGACAACGCGAUGGGCAAGGCGGCCAACAGCGCGGGAGCGCAGAUCCGCCGGCAUAACGAGCAGAAGCUGCAGGACGAGGUGCAGGAGCUGAUGGCGCUGUGGCGGCCGCUGCUGCACGACAGCACACGAGUGUUUGUGCGUGUGCCGCGCACCCAGCACAGGGGCUUCUUUGGGCCAGCCGGCGACGCGGCGGCGCAGGCCAUGCAGUGGAGCGACCCGCGCAUCCGCUCGGUGCCGGUGGCCAUGGGGCGCCCGUCGCUGUCCGAGCUGAACCGAGUGUACAAGGAGAUCACCACAGUCAGGGUGCGCUCGGUCGCCUCGGGCAUCUUCGCCACUGCGGCCAAGCCUGGGCCUGCAGCGCCAGCUCAGCUGAGUAGCGGCGUGUCUGCAGCCGAUGCUGCGGCUAUUGCUGCCGCGAUGGCCGGUGAAAGCUCGGGCGAGGAGAGCGACCAUACACUCGAGCCGGAGCCGCGGCCGGACCUGCUGGCGUUCCUCUUCCACGUCGCCAAGCUGGUCCUGGACGAGGUGCAGAGCGACCAGCAGAUCAUCGACUACCUCAACGCCAACAUGGUGCAGCUGCUGGACGCGCUGAGCGACCCGGCGAUUGGGCUGCGUUACCUUGGAGACACAGACAGCGUUCAGGCGCACCGCACGCCGACGCUGCUUCAUCUGGCGGCUUUGCAGGGCCGCGUCGCCCUUGUGCCGUAUCUGAUGGACCACGGUGAGGACCCCACGGUGACUAACGGGCACCCGCCGCUGUUUGCCGGCGGCAUGACAGCGUACGAGGUGGCCAGGGACCGGCCGACGCGCGAUGCCUUUCGUGUGUACCGGUUCGAGCACGCCGACGACAAGGGCAAUGCGGUCGAGUGGGAGCGGUCGCGUGUUCCGGAUGAGCCGCUGUCGCGCGAGAAGCAGGAGGAGAACGAGGCCAAGGCGCGUGAGCGCAAGCGCAAGGAGCGCGAGCGGCGCAAGAACAAGGACAAGGAGAAGAAAGAGCGCAAGGCCAAGGCCAAGUCGCAGGCCGAGGCUGACGACGAGCAGGUGUUGGACCAGGCGCUGCAGGACAAGCAGCAGAAGGCGCAGGAGGACAGCAAAACGGCGUCGUGGAAGGAUGGUCUGCACACGAUGUCCGAGUCUGAGCUUCGCGUGCGCAUGCUCAGCAUGGCUUAUGCGUCGGCUGGGUCCUGGGGCGCGUCAGGCGCACCGUCGACGUUGCCGAGGAUGGUCGGCGGUGGAGCGCGGUCGAACCCAGCAGCAGCGACUGAGUCGACGCCGCAGCGGCCCUUAUCGCCGGCCUCGCAGCGCGCUCGCGACCGGGAGCUGCGGCUUCAAGCGAUUGAGCGCCGCCAGCAGCAGCAAGGGCAGCAGCAGAACAGGGGCAGUGCAGUCAAUAUUGCUGCGGGCGGGUGCACACACUGCGGCAAGCUGCUGCACGGCUUGACUCCGUUUGAGCAGUUUGACUGGAAGUGUUGCAGCCUCAAGUGUCUGCAGGAGCACCGCAUUCAGUUUGGCUAGAGUGUGAGGUUCUGUGUACAAAUUGAGUUUAAUAGAUUAUUGG